GCGAGCUGCGAUAGCGUUGGAGGCUAUCGCAGCCCAGACCUCUUUUUCUCCUGGCCGCAGCUGUACGCUCCUUUUUCGCAGCUGGUCCAAGCAAAACACUGAGUGGAGAGUCGGCGCUCGCUUGGCCUGCUGACAAACAUGCGUUUUUAUUUCACAAAGAGUGAUACACCCCAGAGGAAAGGUUUUACACAACAGACCGCAGGAAGAUGUACAACGGCGUCACCUCUGCAUGACAGCCCGAUCCCAAUUAAACCCGGUUUAUAAUGGAGUAACAUUUCACUGGGCAACAGAAAGGACCACUGCCUGCCAGUGCUGCCAAUCCCCCAUCGGAGAAGCCGGAUUCACGUGUUUUCUCUUUUCUAUGAGGACUGUCACCAGUGAUAGACUCGCUGCAGGUGCAUAGACCCUCUAACUGAUCUUCCUGCAGCCAUGGCCCCACCGAGCACUGAACUGUCCCGCUGCUAGGCGACAGGGCAUCCGACAGGGCAGGAGACAUGUUGGGACAGAGGCCAGAGGACCACUGCACUGAAGUCUGUUACUAUAGCAAAUACUGUAGUAACCAUGGAAAAGCUAUGGAGGACUGCUCUAGUCUGGAUUGUUAUCAUCCAUUUUGCCACCGGGAUCACAGGAGGUCGCAAAGAUGAGUUUGUGAAAUCACAAGCUGCUUUCCUGUCCAGCCUAGACCAGUAUGAGAUCGCCAUCCCUGUGCGUGUAGGACCAUAUGGCGAAAUGCUGGACACAGAGAGGACGAAAUACCACCAAAGAAGACGGCGAAGCACUGAAGACAGGCUGCCUGACUCUCUCUUCUAUCAGUUGUCCACAUCACAGAACAACUUCCUGCUGAACCUGACGCUGCAGGGAGGCCUGUUGUCUCGCCAGUUCAGGGUGGAGUACUGGAAGAGGGGCCAAUUAGCCUGGAGUCACCCUUACUCUCCUCAUUGUCACUACACAGGCCACCUGCAGGACCAGCCUCACUCCAGCAAAGUGGCCCUGAGCAACUGUAACGGCCUGCAGGGGGUGAUUGUUGCAGGGGGAGAGGAGUACCUCAUUGAACCGCUUGUCUCACCAGAUAACCAAACGAGGGCAGCGAGGGGGGAGAGAACAGAGGGGCGCCCCCAUGUGGUUUACAAACGCUCAUCACUGCGCCAUCAGUACAAGGGCCGGUCCUGCGGAGUCUCUGAUGAAAAACCAAUGAAAGGGGCCUCGUGGUGGCAGCGGACUCUGAAGACCCCGCCUCUCCACGUCGGCCGUGGCCAGCUGCCCCUGAAGCGCUCGGUCAGUCAGGAGCGGUACGUGGAGACGCUGGUGGUGGCUGACAAGAUGAUGGUGGGUUACCACGGUCGCAGGGACAUCGAGCAGUACAUCCUGGCCGUCAUGAAUAUUGUUGCCAAACUGUUCCAUGAUUCUAGCCUGGGGAAUGCAGUCAACGUGGUGGUGACACGGCUCAUCCUGCUCAUGGAAGACCAGCCAACACUGGAGAUCAACCACCAUGCAGGGAAGUCUUUGGACAGUUUCUGUAAGUGGCAGAAAACCAUCCAGCACCGCAGCAGCAGCUAUGGGAACGCCAUCCCGGACAAUGGCAUUGCUCACCAUGACACAGCUGUACUCAUCACCAGGUACGACAUCUGCAUCCAGAAAAACAAGCCCUGUGAAACUUUAGGGCUGGCCCCUGUGGGUGGGAUGUGUGAACCAGAGAGGAGUUGCAGCAUCAACGAAGACAUCGGCCUGGGGACGGCCUUCACCAUCGCCCAUGAGAUGGGUCAUACGUUUGGGAUGAACCAUGACGGGAUGGGGAACGCCUGUGGACCGCGGAGCCAGGAGACCGCCAAGCUGAUGGCUGACCACAUCACCAUGAAGACAAACCCGUUCAUCUGGUCGGCCUGCAGCCGCGAUUACAUCACCAGUUUCCUGGACUCAGGUCUGGGCUCCUGUCUGAACAACGUUCCCCCUAAGCAGGAGUUUGCGUACCCCACCACAGCACCAGGUCAAGCCUAUGAUGCAGAUGAGCAGUGCCGCUUCCAGUAUGGCGUCAGAUCCAGACAGUGCAAAUAUGCGGAGGUCUGCAGUGAACUGUGGUGCAUGAGUAAGAGCAACCGCUGCAUCACCAGCAGUAUACCCGCUGCAGAGGGAACCAUCUGCCAGACUAAUACAAUUGAGAAAGGGUGGUGCUUCAAGAGGGUGUGUGUUGCAUAUGGCACUCGUCCAGAGGGCGUGGAUGGAGGCUGGGGUCUGUGGUCCGCCUGGGGGGAGUGCAGCAGGACCUGUGGAGGUGGAGUCUCCUCUUCUGUCCGUCAUUGUGACAGCCCCAGGCCAACCAUUGGUGGAAAAUACUGUCUGGGAGAAAGAAAACGCUUCAGGUCCUGUAAUAUUGAUGAGUGUCCUGCAGGCUCCAGGGACUUCAGAGAGAUCCAGUGCUCUGAGUUUGAUAGCACUCCUUUCAGGGGGAAAUUUUACACCUGGAAACCGUACAGAGGAGGUGGGGUGAAGCCCUGUUCUCUCAACUGCCUUGCAGAAGGUUACAACUUCUACACAGAGCGAGCUCCCGCAGUGGUGGACGGCACACCGUGUCGGGAUGACUCCGUGGACGUUUGUGUGAACGGAGAGUGUAAGCACGUGGGUUGUGAUCGGGUGCUGGGCUCGGACGUACGGGAGGAUCGCUGUCGGAUCUGUGGGGGUGACGGCAGCAGCUGCAUCUCUGUGGAGGGAGUCUUCAACGACUCGCUGCCUGAAGGAGAAUAUGAAGAAGUGGUGAGAAUACCUAAAGGAUCAGUAUUCAUCCACAUACAGGAGCUCAACAUCUCCCUCAACUACCUUGUCCUGAAGAGUAAGAAUGAUCAGUAUUUUAUCAAUGAGAAGCUCACCACUGACACGGCUCGAAGGGUCAACGCUGCUGGGACCACUUUCCACUACAGGCGGCCCGCUGACGGACCAGAAACUCUUGAAGCUCUUGGACCAACAAAUAUGACCCUAAUUGUCUUGUUACGGCUUAGUGAGGACAAUCCAGGGAUCCACUAUCGUUUCAACCCACCAGUCAGCAGGGAUCCUAUGAGUGGCUUCGCCUGGCAGUACACGUCCUGGUCCCGCUGUUCAGCUUUGUGUGCUGGAGGUGUCCAGAUCCAGCAGGUUGUGUGUAAACGGCAUUCAGAUCUUUCAGUCGUCUACAAUCAUUUCUGUGACAAGAAGAGCAAACCCAAAGAGAAGAGGAGAUCCUGCAACACUGAGCCGUGCUCUCCAAACUGGUGGACAGGAGAGUGGUCAGAGUGCAGCCGCAGCUGUAACGGCGGCCUGCGGACUCGGGAGGUGUUGUGUAAAAGGAGGAUUUCUGUGAUGGAGGAGAAGGUCCUGGAUGAUUCGGCCUGCAGCUCCCCUCGCCCAUCGUUUACAGAGCCCUGCAGCAACCACAGCUGCCCUCCAGAGUGGAUGGCUUUGGAUUGGUCUGAGUGCACACCCAGUUGUGGUCCUGGCUACAGACACCGUGUGGUGUUGUGUAAGAGCGGAGAGAGCGGCGACACGUUGCCAGACUCAAAGUGUCCCAAAUAUGGCCGACCCACCUCCAGGGUGCGCUGUAACCUGCAGCGCUGCCCUCCACCUCAGUGGGUCACAGGUCCAUGGGGGGAGUGCUCUGCCAGGUGCGGUCUGGGACAGGAGAUGCGUUCGGUGCAGUGUCUCACCCACACUGGCCAGCCAUCCAACGAGUGUCUGGAGCACCAGCGGCCCGCAGCUAUGCAGCAGUGCAAGAGCAAAUGUGACCCCAGUCUGCCCAUUAAUACAGAGAAUCCAGAAGGUCAGAGGACAAAUUUCACUGCUGAAUGUAAAGACGUGAGCACUGUGGCAUACUGCCCCCUGGUGCUCAGGUUCAAGUUCUGCAACCGGCCGUAUUUCAGACAGAUGUGCUGUAAGACCUGUCAGGGACACUGACGCUGCUGCAGCUGUUGGAGGUCAAACAGUAAGACUGAACCUUUUCCACUGAGCCUCGCUGCAGUAGUUGUCGCCGUGUCUCCGUCACUUCAAGCUUGGAUACGAUUUUUUAAGCUGGCAAACGGACACGCUGAAGUUACAAAGAGGAGGUUUUUGUUCUCCUCACUGAUAACCUGGAUCUGAAACCUCUGGACUAAACAUCUUCCACUGGAGGAGAGGGUGGAUUCUAUGUCCCCUAGAGAGGAAGGAGGCAGGAGCUGUCCUCCAUCAUCUGUCAGGACGAGCCCUCUCUCUCUCUCUUUCUUUAUCUCUCUUUAUCUGUUUUCUCCAAACUUUCUCGUAAAAUUUUGGUGCUAUGUGUUCUACUCUGGCUACAGGACUGACUGCAGUAUUCUUAAGAUUCAUUAGAUUUUCACGAGGAGCCUAAAUGUGUAGUCUGUUCUGUUUUUUAAACUUCCACUUUUUUAAUUAUUAUGCCCAGAAAAAGAUUAGCUCCUAUGAUUUUCUUUUCUCUUAAUUGACUUUUAUAUUAUUAAUUUUCAUUUUUUUUCUUUUACAUAUUAGUCUAACCUCCAAGUCCUCGCAGGUAUUAAGUAGAAUGAGCAGAGUCAAGUUGCACAAAGAGUCUCAGCACUCACAGGACUUGUGUGCGUUUUGUUUCUUGAACCGUUAUUUGACUUGAUGUGGAAGUUGUGGGAAAUGCCGCAGUCUUGUCGUCUUGGAUAGUUUCCCUACAGAUUAUCACCUCUGCAAGUCUUAUAUAGCUAUAUGCUGUAGGGUUUGACAGAAAACGUUUCCGUAAGAUAGGAUGUUGGGUUGUGUUGUGGCUGCAGACUUUGGCAGCUUCAGAAAGAGGUUCCUCUCAGUCAUUAUCAGAUUUCACUCAUUGCAACCUGGUUGUUAAGUUUUUUUGACUUUUUUUUCCCCACAUACAGUAUGCAUAAAGGUGCAAAUAUUAAGUGGAAACACAGAGCACAGUGAGCCGCAGUUAGACAGCUCUGCCAGCAGGGAAUAAAAUCAACCUCAGAUAUCUAGCAGAAGUGCUAAUCUAAUAUAAGGCAUAAUUUAUCCGCCCUGUUUAGGCGUGACCAUAUAUACAAUUAUCCCUAAAAUGAUCCAACAUCAUCCAAAAAAUAAUUCAACCGUUUUGGCAUUUAUUUAAUUGUUUUAUGUCCUACCAUGCUAACAUGAAACUUUGCUAAAGUAACUAUAUAUGAUUAAGUAAAUCCCAAAAAAUGGUUUCAUUAUUUUUUUCAGUUUUCAAAUAUGAAUUAGUAAGUUCAAACUUUGCAUAAGGUACAAAUGAAAAAUUUCUGAGUGUAAAUUUACAAAUUUGGAUCAACAACCUCUAACGAGGCUGUUACACUCUUUACUGGAUGGCCGAAGAAGAAUGGAAGAAAGGCAUAAAACGAAAAGCAGCGGUUGUACGUUUGAUCUCUGCCCCUCCGAGUAGAGCAACCUCUACUCCAGAAAGGAGCCAGCUGAGGUGGAUUGGACAUCAUGCCCCCUGGCUCCUCCCUCCGGAGCUGUUCAAGGCACCUCUGCUAAGAGUGCUGCCCCCACGAGCUGGUCAAGGAUAAGCAGAGGACGACAGCUUAGAUUCACAUAUUUAGACACCUACAUUUACAUUUUAUAGACUGUUAUCUUCCACCAUAAGGCCCCUCUCCUGCAGUUUGAUAAUCUGGGUUUUCUGUCCAUGCCGGCUGCAGUGCAGCGAGAUGAAAGCAAGCAUGUAGAUUUCUAAAAUCAGCUCACAGUCCUCUGUAGUGAAAUAUAAUAUAUGACUAAUAUAUGGGAUUUAGAGUCAAUAAGUUCAAACUAAAAUCAGAGCAAAAAACUAACAACAACAAUGCUUAAAGGUAUAGUGGAGAAUGUUUGUGAAUUUUUGAAACGACCGCUCUCUCCACUUAAA